AUGUCAUUAGUAUUUUUAUUUAUUGUUUUAACCGAUAAAACAUGUCAUACUGUUCCUAUGAUACUUGUUACUAAUUCAUGUUUUGUUGGUAUUUCAUUUACAUUUAUUUUAUUUUGGAUGAUAAUGUUUACACUUUAUAAUGAUCUUCAACAAAUUUAUUAUCAAGAUUUAUUUUGUAAUUUUCGAGAAAUGAAUAAACAUGUUACAUUAGUAAAUAGAUUAUUACGUGCAAAGAAAGAAUUAAAAAUGGUUUUUCGAAUUGUUAUACUUAUAUCAAUUUGUUUAAUACUUGGUAUACCUUACACAAUAUUUGUGUUAAUGCGAUUUUUUACUUUACCACCAGAAUAUCAUUUUCGUAUUGCUGUGACAUUUAUUGAAAUGAGGGUGUGAGUGUUAUUUUUCUCUCAUACCCACAUCCACACCGACUCUUAACCAUAUCUAUUCGUGAUAGUAUUAUCAGAGCUAGAGCUGAAAAAGAUUUUCAAAAUGAUGUCGUAUAGAAGACAAUUAUAAGAUUAACUAAUGAGAUAACAUUUGAGAUAUUUUGUAGAAUUUAAUAUGAAUAUUUCUAGAAUCUGGCUGUUCAAAUGAAUAUAUGAAAUAUUGCACAACUAAUUACUCUGAUUCAUGCAAUAUUUCGAUGUCAUUUUGUAGAUUUUAUCGAGGUCUAUUUGUAUUGAAAAAUUGACAAUAAAGUAUUGAUCUACUCGUGGGAUAUUGCUUAAGACAUGUCUCUCACUAUCACGUUCUGCUGAUAUUCUCACUGAAAUACUAGUCAAGAAAGUACUUUGCAUUCAGCAACA